CUGUGGGUGGGUCCGCGGGGCUGGCGGGCCGGAGUCCCGGGUCCAGGCCAAGGAUCUGACCCGUGGUUGGUGUCCCUCCGAACCCGCAGCGCGGCCCAUCCUGUCCUCGCCAUGAGGCCGCAGCAGGCGCCAGUGUCCGGGAAGGUCUUCAUUCAGCGAGACUACAGCAGCGGAACACGCUGCCAGUUCCAGACCAAGUUCCCCGCGGAGCUGGAGAACCGGAUUGAUAGACAACAGUUUGAAGAAACAGUUCGAACUCUAAAUAACCUUUAUGCAGAAGCAGAGAAGCUUGGGGGCCAGUCAUAUCUUGAAGGAUGUUUGGCUUGUUUAACAGCAUACACCAUCUUUUUAUGCAUGGAAACUCAUUACGAAAAGGUUCUGAAGAAAGUCUCCAAAUACAUUCAAGAGCAGAAUGAGAAGAUAUACGCUCCCCAAGGCCUCCUUCUGACAGACCCCAUUGAGAGAGGACUUCGAGUUAUUGAAAUUACCAUUUAUGAAGACAGAGGCAUGAGUGGAAGAUAAACCUUAGAAUUCAAGAUCCCACCUCAAGCUGGGACCCUCGUCUAUCCACUGGCCAACCGCAGAGUGUCCCCUACCUCCUCUCCAGAGCGUCAUUCCUUUGUAUCUGCUGCCAGAGCCAUGGUGCCAUUUACUCCAAGGACUAACUUUCUAAAAUUCCACGCCUGGGGUGACCUCUAGCCGCUCAGCAUCCACUUUGUGUCUCUGAAUUGUGCAGGACUUUAUAAUCUUUUGGUUAAUUUCUGCAGAAACACAAAUGAAGCAUUUCACUUUUGUAUUCAAAGCAUUUAAUAUGUUGUUGGUCAGCCCGAUGCAAGGUUAUUUUUAUCUGCCACCAUUGGGUUCGCUUUGUUCCUUGGGCCAGGUUCCCAGGUGGCUUUAAAUGUCAACAAGUCAUAUUUUAGUCAGUGUUCAGUCUUAUUCCCCCAAAUUAAUAAAAUACUUUUUCUCCAGGAUUUUGGUGAGGGGUAGGCUGUGUCCGUGAUUUUGCUAAUGCAUCUCUGAGAUCUCAAGGAACUACCAGUUUGCCAUGACUCAGAUCUUGAGAAGAUCUAGUAUUUCUGCUAUUUACUCAUUGGAAAAAUAACAUAUAAUAUUACUUGUUUUAUUAUAGCAAUUAUUCCUAAUUAAACCAGUAUUUAAUGCAAUUUCCAGGUUUGUUUUGUUUUGUUGAAAAUUUUAUGAUUGCAUUACCAUGAUUGUUAGAAAGAUGUGAUAUGUGUUGCUUGUUUCAUUCCAAAAAUAAGUAAGCACAAUAAAGUGGAUGCUAAACCAUCAGACACAUAAAUGUCCCUGCUGUGUCCCUGAAUGUGUAAUAAGCAACUGUAAUAAAUAUUUUAAUUAUAGUUUUGUUAUAAAUAUAACUUAUGAGAAAAAAAUUUGAUAGGAAUAAUACUGUAUAUUGCUAAUUUUUAACUGUCCCUACUGGCAAACCUUAUGAAUCAUAGACCUUUCUCAUAUACAGUAUUCAAUGCACACAUCCUAUGAUUGGUUCAAGUAAAAGAAGUUAAGUGAUUUCCAAGUAAAACUCUCAAGUCUAAGUCAAUAUUUCUAGUUCUUUUGGCUGUAUGUUCUUAACAUCAGGGCUGCUUAUGCCCUUAGUUCUUUGGGGUUUGAGAGCAUUGUAUUUGGGUGAAACUUAAGAAAUACAUUAGGAAAGAAUGAAAUAGUUAAAAGUUUUACUAUCAGAGAUGUUGUAGGUGCUAAUACUGGAUUUAAUCUUUCAGAUUUAAUUUCUUUAAUGGGUUUGUUAGUUCUUGAUAAAUUCCAUAGGUCUGUGUAAUAUUUUAAUUGUAUAAAACCCCUUUGUUACUUUAUAGCCUGUAAUAGUGUUACCUGUCUGCCUUUUAAACCCGUUGCAAUAACUUUGCCGAAAUAUUAACACAUUAGUAAAACUUUUCUUAAACAAA